AUGGAUCAGGUGGCAGCCUUGAAGCUCACAUCUGUGGACCUUCAGAGCUCCCAGAACAACAAGGAGCACCACACACAGGAGAUGGGUCUGGGGCGGCUCAUCGUGCGCCGUGGACAGCUCUUCCACAUCCGGCUGGGCUUCCACCGACCCUUCCAGCCCUACUCUGAUCACGUCACCUUUGUGGUUGAGAUUGGACCUGAACCCACAGAGCUGCUGGGAACCCGAGCCACAUUCCCACUCAUGCAGGCCCGAGGCAGGAAGGGCUGGAGUGCUUCUGACUUCGCCGUGGACUCCAACUUUCUCCAGGUCUCCCUUUUCUCCCCAGCCAACGCAGUUAUUGGCCAUUACACCCUGAAGAUAGAGAUGGCUCAGAGUCAAGGCCAUAGCGUGGCUGUCCCGCUGGGGACCUUCACCCUGCUUUUUAACCCCUGGAGCGCAGAGGAUGAUGUCUACCUCCCAAGUGAAACCCUGCUGCAGGAGUACAUCAUGCGGGACUAUGGCUUUGUCUACAAGGGCCAUGAAAGAUCUGUCAGCUCCUGGCCUUGGAACUACGGGCAGUUCGAAGAGGGCAUCCUUGACAUCUGCUUUGAGAUCCUGGACAGAAGCCUGCAUUGCUUAAGGAAUCCAUCCCAAGACUGUUCCCAGCGAAGUGAUGUGGUGUACGUGUGCAGGGUGGUGAGUGCCAUGAUCAACAGCAAUGAUGACAGUGGCGUGCUGCAGGGCAACUGGGGUGAGGACUACUCGCAGGGAAUCAGCCCUCUGGAGUGGAAUGGCAGCGUGGCUAUCCUGAAGCAGUGGUCGGCCAGGGCCGGGCAGCCAGUCAAAUACGGACAGUGUUGGGUCUUUGCCUCUGUCAUGUGCACUGUAAUGAGAUGCUUAGGUGUUCCAACCCGUGUUGUUUCCAAUUUCCGUUCUGCACACAAUGUGGAUGGGAACUUGACCAUUGACACCUACUAUGACGCAAAUGCAGAGAUGUUGUCAACUCAGAAACGAGACAAAAUAUGGAAUUUCCACGUGUGGAACGAAUGCUGGAUGAUCCGGAAGGAUCUCCCACCAGGAUACAAUGGGUGGCAGGUUCUGGACCCCACUCCCCAGCAAACCAGCAGUGGGCUAUUCUGCUGCGGCCCAGCCUCUGUAAAGGCCAUCAGGGAAGGGGAGGUGCACCUGGCCUACGACACCCCCUUUGUGUAUGCCGAGGUGAACGCCGAUGAGGUGGUUUGGCUGUGCAGGGCUGGCCAGCCCCAGGAAGUCCUGGCCCACGACAGCUACUCUAUCGGGAAGGAGAUCAGCACCAAGAUGGUUGGCUCAGACCAGCGCCAGGUCAUCACGGGAUCCUACAAGUAUCCAGAAGGCUCUCCCGAGGAGCGUGCUGUGUUCAUGAAGGCUUCUCGGAAAAUGCUGGGACCCAACAGGGCCUCUUCACCCCUCCUAGAUCUGUUAGGGUCCCGGGGCUUGGAGUCCCAGCCAGCACAGCUGCAGCUUCUCCUGUCCAGGACACCCGUGUGGGGCCAGGACUUGCUGUUAACGCUGCAUGUGCGGAGGGUGCCAAACAGAGCCCACUCUCAGGGUCCCAUCGGCCUCAUGGUGCGCAUCUGUGCACAGACCCUGCUGCACAGGGGUGGCACCUGGGGGCCUCUAUGGAGGCAAACAGUGCACUUGAACCUGGACAUCGAGCAGGAGGUCUGGUGGCCGCUCCUGCUGCCCUACAGCAGUUACAGGAACAAACUGACUGAUGAAAAGCUCAUCCGCGUGGCUGGCAUUGCUGAGGUUGAAGAGACGGGGAGGUCCAUGCUGGUGCUAAAAGAUAUCUCUCUGGAACCUCCCCACCUGUCUAUUGAGGCAUCUGAACGGGCCGAGGUGGGCAAGAUGCUGAGGGUCCACAUCACCCUCACCAACACCCUCACGGUCGCUCUGAGUAAUUGCAUGAUGGUGCUGGAGGGCAGUGGCCUCCUUAAUGGGCAACUAUCUGAGGAACUUGGGACACUGGCAGCAGGACACACUGUCCAGAUUCAGCUGGACCUGUAUCCCAUCAAGGCAGGACCCCGCCAGCUGCAAGUCCUCAUCAGCAGCGAUGAAGUCAAGGAGAUCAAGGGCUACAAGGACAUUUUGGUCACUGCAGCAAGUCCCAUUUCUUUAUCUUAA